GAGGGCAUAACCGACAGAAAAUCCUGAACAGAGAGUCUUAAACUACUGAAGUUUGACAUUAAAUUUUCUUUGUAAUUAACGCACACAUCCCUUUGGUUUUUCAGGUCAACAAUCUCCACAAAAAGAAACCAAUUCUAUCAAACUUCUGAAGAGCCCAUCUCAUUCAAUGGAAUCCCAGGACCACAACCCAGUUGUUCUAAUCACAGGGUGUUCCAAGGGAGGAAUAGGACACGCGCUGGCACGCGCUUUUGCCGACAAUAACUGCAAGGUGGUGGCCACAAGCAGGUCUUUAAGCUCCAUGUCAGACCUGCAACAAGAUCCCAGGUUUUUUCUUCAAGAACUCGAUGUUCUAUCGGAGCAGAGCGUGCAACAUGUCAUGUCCAAUGUACUAGAUAAGUUUGGUCGUGUUGAUGUCUUGGUUAAUAAUGCUGGGAUCCAAUGCGUUGGCCCUCUUGCUGAAAUCCCUUUGCCUGCCAUGGAAAAUACCUUUAAUACCAAUGUUUUUGGUUCGAUGAGGCUAGUUCAAGCUGUUGUACCUCACAUGGCAUCUAAGAAAAAGGGAAAGAUUGUCAAUGUUGGAAGUGUUACUGUUAUGGCUCCAGGGCCAUGGUCUGGCGUCUACACUGCAUCUAAAGCAGCUCUUCAUGCGCUAACUGAUACUUUGAGAUUGGAGCUCAGCCAUUUCGGGAUUGAUGUCAUCAAUGUUGUCCCAGGAGCUGUAAUGUCAAACAUAGGGAAUUCUGCUAUAGCUAGCUACAAUCGGAUGCCUGAGUGGAAGCUAUAUAAACCAUUUGAAGAAGCCAUCAGAGAGAGAGCAUACUUUUCACAAACAUCCAAGUCAACCCCAACAGAUGUGUUCGCAAAGAAUACCGUGAAUGUAGUGCUGAAGAAAAAUCCACCAGCUUGGUUCUCAUCUGGUCAUUACUCCACUAUUAUGGGAAUUAUGUACCAUUUGCCAAUUUUUGUUAAAGAUUUCCUUGUUAGGAAAGCAAUGAAGGGUUGAGUUCUCGGACCUCUAACCUGUCAGAAAUGUAAUUUAGUUACUGUUUUUUCUUGCUGAGAUGUUUGAUGUCACAAUAACAUGUCAUUUUAACCUUUAGACUAAAUGGAACCUUUCAGAUAUUAUUUUUCAAGAUUUUU